GAAAGAAAAAAGAAAAAAGAAAAAAAAAAAAAAGAAGAGAGAGAAAAGGAGAAAAAAAAAAAAAUAAAAGAAUAACCAAACCCACGACACUCCAACGAAGAUAUCCCAGAUGUCACAGUCACACCCGACAGGAAAUCUUUACGAAGAAAACACAAGAAAAAUCUAGAACUCCUACCGUUGUACUAGAAGAUUCUGGAACACUGUGAAGUCGCGCCGUCUUCUGGAAAACAUGGAGUUGACCUUCAAAAUCCGCUUCACUGAGAUUCUGCAAUUGCUUCUCGUCUUCUCUCAAGGAGACCCAGCCGUCGGGACGUUCCUGAACUCGCACGGGAAGUCCUUCGAGGGCAGCGAGGGGAGGCCCCACACCCAGCCGUGGGAACCGCCCCCUUCGUCAGGCCCCGUGUUCGACCCCUCGCCCCCCCACAACGUGACGGCUGUGAAGAGCGAGAAUGCCUAUCUCCACUGCAUUGUUUACAACCUUGGGAACAAUACGGUGUCCUGGAUCCGCGACGCCGACCUCCACAUCCUGACGGUGGCGCAGUACACCUACACCGCCGACGACAGGUUCGAGGUCAUCCACUCCCCGGACUCCAACUCCAACUCCUGGAUUCUGAAGAUCAAGUCAGUUCAGCCUCGAGACUCGGGUCGCUACGAGUGUCAGGUCAACACCCACCCGACUGACCCGAUCACGUUCCCCGUCUACCUGUCUGUCUUCGUGCCGACGGCCCACAUCCUGGGGUCACCGGAGCGGUAUGUCUACAGGGGCUCGACCAUCAACCUCACCUGCAUCAUCAACUUUAAGCCUGAAUCUACAACGGAGAUCUUCUGGUACCAUAACAACAAGGUGAUCAACUACGACAACCGAGACAGCCGGGUGAGCGUGAUCACGGACCGCGGCGCCGUGACCAAGACCAUCCUGCUGAUCCACGACGCCCACGACGGCGCCACAGGGACCUACUCCUGCGUGCCCUCGCCCUCCGCCACCGCCUCCGUCAGGGUGCACAUCCUCAACGGAGACUCCACAGCCGCCAUCCUGACGAACGCCGGACGUCCUCGCCAGCUGUGCUCCGCUACGUUCACGUUCGCGCUCGCCCUCUUCACCCGCCUCUUCUGUGACGUCACCAUCCGGGACUCUCUGAAGUGAAGACCCGGAUGUUAUUUUUUAUGACUUUAACCUUUAUCGUAUACAGAUAUUAAAUAUAUAUAUAUAUCUAUUGAUGUUUUAUAAAGAAGAAGAAGAGAGAGAUUUUCUACUUGUAUAUCAGUCUCAA